CCUGUUCCUCGGUCCAGCGCUGCGCAGUCUUCCUGCGCCGGCUUCUUUAGUGUCAGCAGUCAUCUCCUGCACUGUCCGCAGUCUCUGGUCAUCUCCUGUACUAUGUCCGCAGUAUCUGGUCAUCUCCUGUACUAUGUCCGCAGUCUCUGGUCAUCUCCUGUACUAUGUCCGCAGUCUCUGGUCAUCUCCUGUACUAUGUCCACAGUCUCUGGUCAUCCACUGCACUGUCCGCAGUCUCUGGUCAUCCCCUGCACUGUCCGCAGUCUCUUGGUCAUCCCCUGCACUGUCCGCAGUCUCUGGUCAUCUCCUGUACUGGGUCCGCAGUCUCUAGUCAUUUCCUGUACUGUGUCCGCAGUCUCUGGUCAUUUCCUGUACUGUGUCCGCAGUGUCUGGUCAUCUCCUGUACUGUGUCCGUAGUCUCUGGUCAUCUCGUCUGCAGU